AUGUCAGCCCAAAAUACCACCAGCAAUGCUGACUCAAGCAAACCAACCCUACCGGCCAACGUCUGCAUCUUUUCACCGAAAAAGCCCUCAGCAGUCAGCGCUUUGCUGGGCGCGCGUGUCUUCACACGCCUUGUCACAAGCGCCAGCACCAAACCAGCACAACUCGCAGCGGCCAUCAAGUCAUACCAAGGAGCAGACGAAAGUUUCUGCCUCGUUCACCGCGAUUCGGUCCUUAUCUUUGACGGAGGCGAAGGAGACAAGCAGGGUGACGAACUGGAUGACGUUCACCACGAGCAUUUCCGGAUCGUCUGUCUAGCUCUCAAGGAACAUGACAUCGGCUUGGACGUGGCUGGAUGUAUACAUGAUGCCAGCAAUGCUCUUGGGGCUGGGUUUCAGCUUGACAAGUUGAAUGAUGGAGCAGCGUUGGUUAUCGACUUGGUGGAGGUCGAAGAGGACAGUGAUGAUGAGGAUUAA